CCGCUCCAAUACUCCAGUACUUCUUCCCAAGAACUAAUCUCCCACCUUUCUCUCAUACACUACCCUCGUAAAAUGACGAAGAACCAUCCAAACCUCCGCAAAACGGUCUCUACCGCUGACCUAUACUCCGAUCCAUCACCACCACCCAUCCGGGCAAGCCUUAGUCGUAACUUCACCACAGUCCAGCGCACGCGUCCCAACCCCUUCAUGACAUCCAGGCAUGGACAACAGCCUGCACCCUCAUCCCGCCACAGCAUCGCCGUACCCUCCCACAGCCUCCUCGAUACCGAUAACGACUACUUCGAAACCCGCCCGGCCCUCCUCAAGUCCCCGACUCCACCUCCCGUGCCACCGAAGCUCAAGCUUCCGCCGAUCCAGGCCAUUCCCCCUCGUGCGGAGAGAGUGAGGGUUGACCCAGCGAAAUACACGAAGCCGUUCCUUGACUACAUAAGCACCAACCCCACCGUCUUCCAUGCCGUGGAUGCUGUGGCGAAAGACCUCGAGGCACAUGGGUACACUAAGCUUCUAGAGCGAGAUAGCUGGAAGUUGAAGAAGGGGGGCAAGUACUUCGUUGAGCGAAACGGUAGCAGCCUGAUUGCGUUCGCGGUUGGAGAGGGAUACGCGCCCGGUAACGGUGCCGCGAUUGUGGCAGGGCAUAUCGAUGCUCUAACAGCGAAACUUAAGCCUAUUCCGGCGUUGCGGACGAAGGCUGGAUAUGUUCAGUUGGGUGUUGCGCCUUACGCUGGAGCGUUGAACUCGACUUGGUGGGAUCGAGACCUGGGAAUCGGUGGUAGGGUAUUGGUGAAGCAGGCAGGCAAAAUCAUUUCCAAGCUGGUCAAGCUGGACUGGCCUAUCGCUCGGAUCCCGACCCUCGCGCCUCACUUCGGAGCUGUUUCCGCUGGACCUUUCAAUAAGGAAACCCAAAUGGUCCCUAUCAUUGGCCUUGAUAAUUCGGACGUUUCGGGAGCGACUGAGGAGAACUGGAAGCCUGCACUCCUUGGUGGUGAGGGUGCCUUUACAUCAACUCAGCCCGAGCGUCUUGUUAAAGCUAUCUCGAACGAGCUCGGCAUUAAAGACUACAGCACCAUCGUGAACUGGGAACUCGAACUUUUCGAUAUCCAGCCCGCCCAACUUGGAGGCCUGGAGAAAGAGUUCAUUUUCGCUGGCAGAAUCGAUGACAAAGUGUGCAGCUGGGCUGCUAUUCAAGCCCUUCUCAACAGCACCGACUCGGACGAAUCAUCUAGCCAAAUCAAGAUUGUUGGCCUCUUCGACGAUGAGGAAAUCGGUAGUCAGCUCCGACAAGGAGCUCGAAGCAACUUCCUGCCAACAAUCGUCGAACGCGUUGUCGACUCCUUCGCCGAUUCAGGCAUCACCUCGCUCGUAUCCCGCACCUAUGCAAACAGCUUCCUCGUCUCUUCCGACGUCACUCACGCCGUGAACCCCAACUUCCUGAAUGUCUAUCUGGAGAACCAUGCCCCGCGGCUCAACCUAGGAUUGGCAAUCGCCGCCGACUCGAACGGGCACAUGACAACGGACUCGGUCAGUACGGCGAUUCUGCAAAAGUGUGCAGACAAAGUCGGAGCAAAAUUGCAGGUCUUCCAGAUCCGAAAUGACAGCCGCAGUGGUGGAACUGUGGGCCCAAUGCUCAGUUCGAUGACUGGUAUCAGGGCUAUUGACGCUGGUAUUCCGCAGCUUAGCAUGCAUAGCAUCCGGGCUACUAUUGGUUCUUUGGAUCCAGGACUGGGCGUUCUUGCGUUCCAGGGCUUCUUGGAUCAUUUCGAGACCGUUGACGCGGAGUUCGCUCUUUAGCGUGGCAAUGAACAAUCUGAAUACGGUUUCUUUUCUCUUAGACUGGAGCGUUCGGUGUGGCUUACAGCUAGUUCAGGUCCGGUGCCCGUGAUGAUGCGUGUAACAUAGGCG